UCUUCUUCUUCUUCCACUUUUCUCUUCUCUGUUUCUCUCUCAUCCAUCAGAAACCAUUUGAAAUCUGGGAAAAUCAAUCCCUAUUUACUCCAAAUCUCUCUACCCAUUUUUUUAAAUUAUUUUUUCCUAUUCUUGCCUAGACCGGCCGUUUUCAUAGAGUUCAUAAGGAACUGGAACUCAUCAUCUCCUGUAACCAGUCUGUUCUUUGCUGGAUCUGUUUAGUUCCAAAUACAGAUUUGAUCUAUCAGGGGGGAACAAUACAAUCAAAAUCUUGGAGUUCAGUUCUUUUUUUGUUUUUGUUUGUGGGCUCAUCAACUGUUCUUGAAAUUUGGUACCUUUUCUUAAACCUUGGAGUACAGUUACCUUUCAUGGAUUUCUUGUCUUAAAGGUGACAUUUAUUGUUUCGUUUCUUAAUUUAUCGGUUAGUUGUCUUGUUUUGUUUUUUUGGUCAUUUUAGCUCUUCGCUUGAUCUUAGAAAGGUUUCCGUUUCUUUCUUUUCUUUUUUUUUUGGUCCUGGUUCCUUUUUGUUUACUCGGUAAACCCUAGUUUUGCUGACGCCUUACCAUUAAAUCUUGACUGAUUGAGUCUUUUUUUCUACAAAUUUCUCUUGUUUUCUUGUAAAUUUCCAGCUUUUGUCCAGAUGGGUGGUGAAAAGUUCGGAUUUUUCGUCUUGAUUUCUUCGGUUUCUUGCUUGAUUUGCAUCUGCCAUGGAUUCAUACCUCUGGAUAAUUACCUCAUCAACUGUGGAUCACCCAGCAAUGCCACGGUUCUUGGUCGAGUCUUCAUGUCUGAUAAGCUAGCCUCGAAGCUCCUUACCAGUCCUCAAGAAAUCCUUGCAAGUAGCAGCAACUCGGGCAAUUCCGAUUCCGACAUUGACCAGACAGCGAGAGUGUUCACAGAAGUAUCCAAGUACACUUUCCCCGUCAGUAGAGGCCGGCACUGGAUUCGGCUCCAUUUCAAUCCAUUCAAUUACCAGAACUUCCAAAUGGGUUCUGCCAAGUUCUCUGUUUCUUCAGGAAAGCAUGUUCUUCUCGUUGAUUUCACAGUGAAGUCCAGAGUUGUGAAGGAAUACUCUUUGAAUGUCACCACUGAUGAUCUCGUCCUCACGUUUACUCCCUCGGGGAAUUCGUUCGCCUUUGUGAACGGCAUAGAGGUUGUCUCUGCUCCAGACACAUUGAUCACUGAUGAUGCUUUGUUCAUAGGAAGUCCAGGGAGGUUUCAGGGCUUGACAUGGCAGGUUCUUGAGACAGUUGCUAGAGUUAACAUGGGUGGACCUCUCGUUACGCCUAAUAACGAUACCCUUUCAAGAACUUGGGUUUCUGAUUCGGGUUUUAUCCUCGGGAAGAAUCUUGCCAAGAGUGUAUCUAAGAUCAACUCUGUUAAAUAUCUCACUGGUUAUGCAACAGAAGAUACUGCACCAAGAUUUGUCUAUGGAACUUGCACCGAGAUGAACUCGGGAGGUGACCCGGGUAGCAAUUUCAACAUUACUUGGGUAUUCGAUGUCGACCCGGGUUUUCAGUACUUCCUCCGUUUCCAUUUCUGCGAUAUCGUGAGUUUAUCUCUGAACCAGCUCUAUUUCAAUCUUUACGUUGACUCCAAGACUGUUGUCGAGGAUCUUGAUCUCAGCACAUAUUUGGCCAACAAUCUGGCCGGAGCAUACUUCAUGGAUUACGUGACACAGUCCCCAAAGGAUACUGAUAAGCUUCGUGUGAGCAUCGGACCAUCAAUUGCUCACACUGAUUACCCGAACGCAAUCAUGAAUGGAUUAGAGAUCAUGAAGAUGAAUAACUCAUUAGGUCAGCUCAGUGGCGGGAAAUUUGUGCCCGGAAGUUCAAGAACUAAGAAAAAUCCCGGUCUAAUCGUCGGUGCAACGGUUGGCCCUUUGCUUGCAUUACUGGUUUUAGGAGCUUUCUUUGUGUUGUACAGGAAACGGAGCCAUGGCCAAGAUGCUCACUCGAAGACAUGGAUUCCUCUGUCUACCAAUGCAACUUCAGGUACAAUGGGAAGUGGAUACUCAAAUGGAACUACACUCGCGAGUAUAACUUCCAAUGUAGGUUAUCGUAUACCCUUUGCAGCCGUUAAAGAGGCCACGAAUAGCUUUGAUGAGAAUCGAGUUAUCGGGAUUGGUGGUUUUGGGAAAGUUUACAAGGGAGAGCUAAGCGACGGCACGAAAGUUGCUGCUAAAAGAGGAAACCCCAAGUCUCAGCAAGGACUUGCAGAGUUCAGGACAGAAAUCGAGAUGCUGUCACAGUUUCGCCACCGCCAUCUGGUUUCCCUAAUUGGUUACUGUGACGAGAACAACGAGAUGAUACUGAUUUACGAGUACAUGGAGAACGGAACAUUAAAGAGUCAUCUUUACGGCUCGGGCCUUCCUAGCUUGACGUGGAAGCAGAGGCUUGAGAUAUGCAUCGGAGCAGCUAGAGGGCUACAUUACCUUCACACCGGUUAUUCAAAAGCUGUCAUUCACCGAGACGUGAAAUCCGCAAACAUAUUGCUCGAUGAGAGUCUCAUGGCUAAAGUUGCAGACUUUGGACUGUCAAAGACUGGACCCGAGAUCGAUCAGACCCACGUGAGUACGGCUGUGAAGGGAAGUUUCGGAUAUCUCGACCCGGAGUAUUUCCGAAGGCAACAGCUCACUGAGAAAUCGGAUGUGUAUUCAUUCGGGGUUGUUCUGUUCGAGGUUCUGUGCGCGAGACCAGUGAUAGACCCGACACUUCCGAGAGAAAUGGUGAAUCUUGCAGAGUGGGGAAUGAAAUGGAAGAUGAAGGGACAGUUGGAACAGAUUAUUGAUCAGGCUCUUCACGGGAAGAUCAAGCCAGAUUCGCUAAGGAAGUUCGGGGAAACUGCAGAGAAAUGCUUGGCUGACUUCGGAGUGGACAGGCCAUCCAUGGGAGAUGUGUUGUGGAAUCUGGAAUAUGCUUUGCAGCUACAGGAAGCGGCCAUGGACGGUGAUCCUGAGGAAGACAACAGUACGAACAUGAUCGGAGAGCUACCUCCUCAGAUCAACAAUUUCAGACACGGAGACACAAGCUCUAAUGUUCAGGCGGAAGGGCAGUUCGAGGAGUCGAACAUGGACGAUAUCUCGGGUGUCUCCAUGAGUAAGGUUUUCUCGCAGCUGGUGAAAUCUGAAGGAAGAUAGAUUCUGAAAGCUGGGAAAUGCCCACAAAAACAAAAAGAUUUGAGCUUUAUAUUUUUAGAAACAAGAAAUGGGAUUUUCACGUUGUUCCUGUACAUUUUUUUAGAAACAUUGGAUUCUCAAAAAUCA